AUGAAUCGCCAGGACCGACAGCUAUACAAAGAACAAGUUGCUGUAAGAGCUCGGAUAACAUUUUUAAUCCCAUUUGCUAUCCUGGUCAUUCCAAGCUCAAUGAAUCAGCAUUUUGGUGUUAAAGAAAAGCUUCUUAAGAAUUACGCGGAUGAGUUGCAGGAGUGUGAUAGCACGUAUGAGAGCGAAUCCUGCUUGCGAACUGACCAAUGGGUUGGUGGUAUCGGCCCAAUGUAUAAUGCCACCAUAUUGCCGUUAGCUCUUUUUGUUUUUAUUUGCUGCACGUACGGAUUCUUGAAAGAAUCUUCAACAGAUCGUGGAGUUGCAAUUGUAAAUCCAGGACAGAUUGUGGUUGGUGGUGAAGUGCUGAAAAAUGGUCGACAGUACGCGUUCGAUUAUAUUGCUGAUAUAUUGAAGAUGAGAAACGAGGACGACAGGUUCUUAAUUUGCAUUUGUUAUAAGCACUGA